CACAGGUUCACAGCGUCAGGUGGUACUUAAAUAUUAAAGGCUCUAGGGAAGCACACCAUUGUUUGUCCUCCAUUUCAGAGAGGCAGUUGUGGUUGGUUGGUCGGUUGAGAGAGAGAGCAAACGGCUGCUGGGAACUGCGAGGACAACUUCAGGGAAAGCAACAGAAGGUGCACUCAAGUGUUAAACUAUCUGACAAAGGAUGUGAAGCGUGAAGAAACCAAGACAGAGUCGGCUGUAAAAUGUUAACAGAAGUUGGACUUUUUGUACAUUAAACAUGGAUGGAACUGUGAGCGGAACGGCAGAACCUCGAGAGACCAACAGCGUACAGAAUAGACCUGAGAAAGAAGAGGACAGGAUCUCAGAUAAGGAUGGGCCUGUGUCCGAGGCUCCUGUCGAGGGUGAUGUGGAGACUGGAGCACAGAACUCCAGGGACAGCCGUAAACUGGAUUGCAUCAUCUGCUACAGUGCGUAUAACCUGGGAGAGAGACUCCCGCGGAAACUCUACUGCGGUCACACGUUCUGCCAGGCCUGUCUGAAGCGGCUGGACACCCUCAUCAAUGAGCAGAUGUGGAUCCCCUGUCCUCAGUGCAGGCAGAACACUCCUCUACCUCGUGGAGGUGCCACGGGACUAGACCUAGACCUGGCAGCGUUUCUGGGUGUUAAAGCUGAAGUGGAAAACCAGCGAACCUACAGCCAGAAAGCUCCGCUGGAGACCAAAACCUCUUUUAUAAAGCAGCCUAUCACAGAUCAACCCCCUUCAGCCUGGGCCAAUGUGGCUCUGGCAGAGCAUCGUUUCCGCAGAAGCCCUUGCUGCAAGCACUGCCUGCUCUGCUGCUGGUGGUGCUAGAUUCAUGGUCACACUUCUAUGAAUCUCUUUCUGCUGUGGAUGGUGCAUAGACUGAACUCCAUGAUCAUGAGAUUACAAUAUGUCUUUGUCUUUUUAAAAAAACAAAAAACAAAACAAUGGAUAUCCCACUGUACAGAACUCAGAUUCCUUUACAAAAUUGCCUGGGACAAUAAAAUGCAAUUUAUUUUGGGAACCAAAUGGAUCAGUAAUAUAACAAAUUCUGCAUAACUCAGUGUGGACUUGGUUCAAAAUGGAACAGGAUGUAUGGACAUGAGAUACUUUUAAUAUGAUAAAGAUGGAAGAAUGGACAGACUGCAUUUCAGAUCUUAAGACAAUCCAAUAGAAUGACAGAUGAUAGUUACAACACAUUUCAAACUAUGGGAAACCUUUGAUUGUAUUCAUGAUUUGAUUGAACCAAAUUGUCAAUCAGCUUCCAGUUUAAAGCUCUCCUGUGUUGUUUUCCAGCUCUUUAAAAAACUAAACUUAAAAAAAUAAUAACAAAAUAAAAAUGAAAAUACAUAAA